AUGCCACCUCUCCACGAAAACAUGACCGACUAUGAGAUUCUCCAGGAAGAGAUCUCGGUCAAGGUCCAAGAACUGGAGAUUCUGAGACGCAAGCUCGCGAUUGAAUAUAUCAAGAGACGUAGAAAGGGGAAGAAGGAGGUCCAGCAACAGACCACCGACGAAGAGGAAAACCGUGAGGGAGCUGAGAAUGAGGAUGACAACGACACAAGAGCCACCAAUGCCGGUAGAGCUGCACCUGGCUCUGUUGCCUCUGCUAUGGAAGUCGACAUGAAGAAUGUAUCUGCCAAUACUGUCACCGUCAAGCCUGAGCCAGAGGAUGAAGAAGACCGCCCAGCAGGUUUCAUCGACAUGGUUCUGAAGAAACCGUCCAAGCCGUCGAAUCCAUCGAGCAAGCCUGUGGGCCUUGUUUUCAACGACGAGAAACCACAAGCCCCACUGCCUCCGAAGCAAACUCUUCGCCGCACUCGAUGCGUUCGCCAAAGACACCUUGCGCCCGAACUUCCAAUGCCCGAUCCUGCUCGUGAACUCAACAGGCCGCCGACAAAACGUCCAGCUACCACUGCAGCAGCAUCAUCUCCCCACUCCAAUGGCAGUCCCAAUCCAUCGCCCGGAGCAACAAAAGUCAAGGCCAAAGAUAAAACUGAAGCACAACCUCGCCCACUCGCUUCCAAACGCCGGAAAACAGCAUCAACACCCUCCUCUCACACCCUACCAUCUCCACCAUUUCUCACGCCACCUUCUCGUCAUCUAUCCUCACCCUCUUUACCUGCUCCCCCUUCCCCAGCUGCAUCUUCUUCCUCCUGCGCCUCUUCGCCUUCCCCACCCAGAAAGCCUUCUCUAUCACCUCCCGUAGAAAACGCAUUGAGCUUUUCCUUCGAAGCAGGAGAUGUACCCCAAGAACCACGACCUGCGUAUUCAGGAACACAGAUUAAUAAGGAAAGAGAAAGGGGAAAGAAAGGGGAGAAGAGGAAGAUUGUCAUGUUGGGGGUUGAUGGGAGUACGAAGGUGGUUGAGGGAUAG